GUGAGGGAGGCGGCGGCGGCGGCGGGGGCCUUGCCAGGCGAGGCGGCCCGGCCCGACCCGGCCCUCGGGCGGACCACAAGAUGUACUGCCUGCAGUGGCUGCUGCCCGUCCUCCUCAUCCCCAAACCUCUCAACCCGGCCUUGUGGUUCAACCACUCCAUGUUCAUGGGCUUCUACCUGCUGAGCUUCCUGCUGGAGAGAAAGCCCUGCACCAUCUGUGCGCUGGUCUUCCUGGCGGCCUUGUUCCUCCUCUGCUACAGCUGCUGGGGCAACUGCUUCCUCUACCACUGCGGCGGCUCCCAGCUCCCCGACUCGGUGCACGACCCCAGCAUCGUGGGCACUUAGUGGCGCCAUGGGGCGGUGGCGGGGGGCGGGGGGGGGGGGGGUGGGUGUGUGUGCGUGUUGGAGGGUGAAGAACAGCCUCUGGGAAUCCCGAGGGCAGAUGUGGUCAACUCGCCUGCGAUCGUCCUUUCUUUCUCCCUUCUUUCCUCCCUCCCUCCCUCUCCCUCUCUCU